CCCCUCCUCCUUCAUCAUUCAUGGCUGGUAUUGGCACAUUGAGUGUUCAUGCUGGAAACAAUCCUGAUGAGUGGAAAUGUAAAGCAAUGUGGCCACCAAUCGUCACAUCAACCACAUACAAAAGAUCAAUAGUGGAAUCUAGCAAAGAGCAAGAAGAGGGAAUUUCAAGUCAGUAUACUUAUAUUCGUAGCACUAACCCAACAAGGGAAUGCCUGGAGAAAUCACUUGCUAGACUAGAAGAAGCUGAAUAUGGUUUUGUGACUAAUUCUGGAUCAACAGCUAUAGCAAUCAUCCUGCAGUCUCUACUGAGCUCUGGAGAUAACAUUGUUGUAGCAGAAAAUGUAUAUUUUGGGAGCAAUAUCUUAAUGACUGAUGUAUUUUCAAAGUAUAAGAUAACAGCGUCAUUUGUGAAUGUAUUAAAUGGAGACCCUGAAACAAUAGAAUCAGCUAUUACUGAGAGAACAAAACUCUUAUGGAUUGAUUUCCCAUGCAAUCCAUCAGUGGAGCUCAUUGAUAUACAAAAGAUAUCAGACAUUGCACACAAAAAAGACUGUCUUCUUGUGGUAGAUAAUACUCUUGCUACGCCUUAUUUCACAAGACCAUUGUCAUUAGGAGCUGAUAUUGUGAUGCAUUCAGGAACGAAAUAUCUUAAUGGCCAUAGUGAUGUAUUGAUGGGUGUUAUAUGCACCAGCAACACUAUCAUUGCUGAAAAGAUAAGAAAUCUUUUAACAACCAUUGGUGCUGUUCCUAGUCCAUUUGAUUGCUAUUUGGCUAAUCGCAGUCUGCGUACUCUUCAUGUCCGAAUGAAAGCACAUGCUGAGAAUGCACUAGCUGUUGCAAAGUACCUUGAAUCAUCUCAAUUCGUUGAUAGUGUCUCAUAUCCUGGGCUACCCUCUCAUCCUCAGCAUGAAUUAGCAAAGAAACUGUUCAGUAAUGAUGGUUAUGGCGGCAUGCUCUCUUUCAAAAUUAAAGGAGACCUCGAAACUGCCAAGAGAUUUCUUAAAAGUCUUAAAAUAUUUACUAUGGCUGUUAGUUUAGGGUCACUGGAAAGUAUAGCAGGAGUUUGUACCAUUAUGACUCACAAAGCCAUGAAAAAGGAAGACAAACUACGUAUUGGCAUCACUGACAAUUUAAUAAGACUGUCGAUUGGUUUGGAGGAUGUUGAUGACAUAAUAAAUGAUUUAGAGCAAGCAUUAGAGGCUGCAGAACUAUCCUAAAGUUGUUUGGUUCCCUGGCUGACAGAUUUAAUAAGUGUUUUUUACAUUUUAUAUUAUUAUAUGUACAUGUUUAUAUUGCACAUGGAAACAGGAUGUGACAUGCUAUAAGAACAGCAAAAUACAAGUAUAAUUAACCAUGCUAAACGCACACAAUUCUUUGACUUUAUUCAUUGUGUAUUAAAUUUUUCAAA